AACAAUACGUACGCUGAUAACAGUAUAAACAUUGAACUUUAAAAUGAAAUGAUUACAGGCUUUGUAAUGACAUAAAAAUUUUGAAUCGUUGAUUUUCAUUUUUCUAGUACUGUCUAAUUCCAUAAUGUACGAUUUCAAAUAUUGAGUGAUACUUUGUUCGUUGUAAUUAGCAUGUAAAGAUGUUUCAAACCGAGUUUUGUGGAUUAGAUUAUAACUUCGUUGUUUCUUGGGACUUGAAAAAUCAUGAAAAAUUUCAAGAUCCCAUUUUCAAAAAUGACUUUUCUAGCUGCCAAGAUAUCCUGAAUAAACUGACUGAAUUAUGCGUUAAUCUUUCGAGCUAUUCUUCCGAGUAUGUAGAAUGCUUGAAAAACGUUUAUGGAUCUGCUAGCUUUGAUCAAUGGCAGAGUAAUUUGAGCAAAAACAAUCCCAGUAUUAAGUUUACGUUGAAAAAUCAACAGAAUGAACACCGUUUAGAAGAGAUAUCAUUGCUUCGUCAACGUAUUAAACGAUUAACUCGUGAAAAAGAAGAAUUAGUUGCCGAACACGAAAAUCUGAUGUUUAAAGAGCAGAAUGAUUUCGAUCAGCGUAUCAGAGACGUGAUUAAAUUGAAUCACGCUCGACUAGACUCAGUUAAACGAGGAUUAGAGGAUAAAUACAAUUCGGAGAUAUCGAAUUUAAGAGCUUCUUUUGAGAGUAAAUUUGCGGCAGCAGCUGGUCAGCCAACUAUCGAAGGAAGUUGCCAAUGUAGCAGAAAUACGGUAGAACGUAACCAUUUGACGACUGAAUCCAACAGUGAACAUGUCGAAGCCACGACUUCAACCAAAUUUAGCGAAUCCGGUAUUAACUGUUUCUCAAACGAGGAAAAUCUCAAUAAUUCUGUUGAAAUGUUGGAUUUCCAAAGCGAUCAAAGUCACCAAAAUGAGUCCCACGAUUCGCUUAAUAUCUCGGAUGCAAAACAUGUCACGGAAUCGGAAAGUUCGAGAUGUGGAGAUCACGUUGAAUUAUCUCUGAACCGUAUGGAUAUCGAAGAACGUAAUUCGCAGUACGAGAUAUCGCCGGAGAUGCCUGAACCAGUCAUUGAUGAAAGAUUAUCGAGUGUAGAAAACGUUGAAAAAUUAUUAGCAGAAUUACCAGCGCCACAAACAGAUUAUGACUCGUUCGUAUUUCCGUUUCCUAUCAAACAAGACAUGUUUGAAGAUAGUUUCUGGACGUUUGAAAGAAAAAGGGAUAUGUCUCUGGUGAAUGAAUUGAUUAAGAUUUUCAUGAAUCGUAAAUCUAUGAAGAAAUUACUACCAAUCGGAGGAUUUUCCAAAUAUAAAGAGUAUUGUCACGGAAAUGUGUUUCCAUGUUGGGAAAUUGAUUGUUUGAUCCGUAACAAGAGAUUUCCUACAAUGUUGCAUCGCGACGCUCAUGUUAAAAAAUACCAUCCUGACGGUAGGACGAUAUUCAUUUGCGGUACGUGUCAUUGGCCGGAGUCAACGCAGGAAGCUCUCCACGAGCAUGAAAUGUUCCCUAGCAAAUGUCGAAAACGAAAACGCUGUUAAAUACAAUCGUCAGAAGCUCAAUGUUUGUUUCGCUAUGUCAAUUUUCAAUUUUUUUCAUCAUGUUUUUCUAUCUCAUUGCGCUGUGAUGAUAGUGAUUUUGUAUUUAAGAGUAAAUCAAUACGUUGUGUUCAUUUUAA